UUUAGCUCUGUAGAUGGUGGUUUUAGUGCUUUACGUUUUGUUUUGUAGCAAUAAUGAAAAGGGCAAUGCAGAAAUGUUGGCGUGAUUCUGCCACCUUAAUAGUUGCUACCAAAAGAAAUCAAAACAUUACACCUGUGAAUAGAGAAACAGGUAAUUGUAACUACGACAUCUUGUUACAGACUCGAACGCAUAACGCGUCAUUCCCGAAUAGUGUGGUGUUCCCGGGCGGCGUUUGUGAGGCCGCCGACGGAGACGAGGAGUGGUACAAACAUCUCCGUACCUUUGGCUACACGGAUAACGAUUUUAAAAGUUUUCAUCGCAUUGGCAGUCCAUUAACGCCUUUAUUUGAAAAUAAUCCAAUUCAAAGGCAUGUCUCCCUGAGAAUAACUGCAAUAAGGGAGACAUUUGAAGAGCUAGGACUCCUUAUAUGCAGUCAGAGUCAUAAAUCUGAAAAGGGAAAUGAUUGGGCGUCACUCCUAGAUAAUGAUGAUCUAAAACAUUGGCGGGAAAGGGUAAGCAAAAACCCAGCGGAUUUAUUAACUCUCUGUAAGGAAUAUAAGUGUUAUCCAGAUAUAUGGGCUUUGCACUAUUGGAGUAAUUGGCUUACACCUGUCAACCAACCAAAGAGAUUUGAUGCAGCUUUCUUUGUAACUGCUUUAGAAAGUAAACCUUCAAUAUACAGUAAUUCUGAAGUAGUUAAUGUAAAGUGGUUGACACCGACAGAAAUAUUAAAGCUCAGUAGUAAAGCUGAAGUAAUACUUUAUCCACCUCAGGCGUAUGAGUUUAGCAGAUUAUCAUAUCUACCUGAUAUUAAUGAAUUGUUAACAUUUGCAAAGAAAAGAAGUUCUCAGGGUAACAUAUUAUUUUACCCUGUGCCUAUUCAAGCUAAGGAUGGCAUGAUUCAAUUGCUACCAGGUGACUAUCUGUACCCGUCCGAUGUAGAUUUCAACACUCAAAGUAGUCCUAAAAAAGAUAAAACUAUAUUGGAACUAAGAGAUAAUAACCAAUCACUCCAUAGAGUCGAAGUGACAAAGUCGAGAAGAGAAAUAAUUAUACAAAAUUAUCAUCCUAUAAACCAUAUCACUAUGAAUAACUUGAUUAUACCAUUUCCUUCAAUAACUGCUUGAAAAGUAAGUACUCAGAUAAGUGUAUACAGUUUAACGCUAGCUACAGGCCUCAUUACAUAUAGACAAUAGUAAUAAUAGGUUCAAACAGUACGUCCAUAUUCAAGAAGAAAUAAAAAUGGCGGGCUUGGGACAUACAUGGCCUAA